GCUUGUUUCUGUGGGACUCGAUCCUGACGUCGUUGGGGACAGUUAUUGUAACUUAAAUUGGGUUUUAAGUUGCUAACGUAACUUACGUCAACAUUCGACCGUUGUUGCGGUUAAAAGCUAACGGUGGGCUUCAGAAACGGGAUUUAAUCGAGACAUUUCUAAAUGUUUACCCUAAACCGGCGAGUUUUAAAGGCCGUGCGAACAUUUUUAAUCACUUGGUUCCUGCACCAAUGCGCCAUCCAUAAGGUCGAGCAAGUUCUCCCGAGCUGACGGUUCUUGGUUAAAGACACAAUGCCGGCGGCUCCUGAUUUGAUCAACCUGGGCUUUCUGUCCGAUUCGGAACGAGAGCUCAUCCUGGAAGUGCUGCGACGGGAUCAGGAGCUGAGGAUGGUGGAAGACCAACGAGUGAGGAAGCUGAAGAAAGAGUUGCUGGAAGUCAAAAGGAAAGGGGCCAAACGUGGCAGUGGAAAUUACAGUGAGCGGAGCUGUGGCCGAUGCCAGGAGCCUCUGAGUCGUCUGCCGGUUUUCUCCAACCAGUGUAAAAUGUGCAAUCACUAUGUGUGCCGAAACUGCCAGACAUUCCUGUCCAAUGGAUCCUGGCUGUGCAGCGUGUGCACCCAAGAAAUGGAGGUGAAGAAGAGGACGAGUGAUUGGUUCUACGACCAAAAACUUAAUCGUUUCUCUAUGAAUCCUGGACAUGAUCUUGUGAGGGUCUCCCUGAAAAAGAGACCAGCAGUUAGGAAGCGUGAAACAACAGGAGAAAAGCUCUUGAGAAGUACUGAAGAACUGGCAGCUCCUCCUAAACCUGUGCCUCUGCCCAGACAGAAAAAUCUGCAUGUUAACACAGAUCAGUCAAGUGAUCAUUCAGGAUCUAUUGCUUCAAGGGAAUCUCUUGAACCAAAGGAUAAUGUUUCUACAAAGCCUCCCCACAGUGACACAGAGUCUGCAGAAAACGUCAGUAUCAUUAGCAGUAAAACUGAGACUGAAUCUGGCCGGGCCACUCCUGAGCAACUGAGAGCUCACAGCUCAGCUCCCUCCAGCCCAGCAGCAUCCAGUGCUUCCAGUCUGAUGGUGCCAGUUAAAGCAGACGUUGUUAUCACAGAAAGCGUCAGCUCAAGCACCAGCUCUGCUGUGGACGUGAAACCCCUCAAUGUGAGCUUAGACCUGGAAGUUGAACGACUCUUCAAGAAAAGCGUCAGACUGCCCCCAAAACCUACAGAAUGUUUAUCGACAUUUGACCUACGCGAUGGAUGUGACGAAUCCGCGGCCUCAAUGGGCAAGCGAAGCCGCUCAGUACCAGGCCUAGACGUGCAGGUACAGGAGGAUGAAGAGGAGGAAGAAGAUAUCGAUCGCUUGGUUAACUUUCAUAAAAUGUCGAUUGCUAUGAGUACCUCCAGUCUGCAGAGUUCAAAGAGCAUUAUGAGUAUUUACAGCGAAUCUGGAGACUUUGACAGCGUGGAGGUGAGCGGUGAUGUCAUCUUCUCUGUGAAAUACGAUGAACACACACAGAGCCUCCAUGUGUUCAUCAAGCAGUGCCAGGGUCUGGCCUACGGCGACGCAUCACGGCUGCUUACCAACCCUUAUGUGAAAUGUUAUCUGCUCCCACACAAAUCACGUCAGAGCAAGAGGAAAACCAGCGUAAAGAAAAACACCAUCAACCCAGUCUACAAUGAAACUAUAAAGUACUCCAUCAGCCGUUCUCAGCUGGUCACCCGCACCCUGCUGAUAUCAGUCUGGCAUAAUGGUCGCCUCAGCCGGAACGCCUUUCUGGGAGAGGUGGAAGUCCUUCUGGACUGCAAAGACCUCGAGUCAGGACGUGAGGAACAAAUGGCUCUCAUGGGAAAGAUGGGCUCUGCUGUACAAGCUUCACCGUUUGCUCAGUACAAGGGAGAGCUGGUGAUCUCACUGAAAUAUGUUACACCUAAAAAGACAACAGCAGAAAAAGUCAAAGGCAAAAUGGCGCCACCUGAAGAAGGUGGAGAACUGCAUGUCUUGAUUAAAGAAGCAAAGAACUUGAUGGCAAUGAAACCAGGAGGCACAUCUGACAGCUUUGUGAAAGGGCACUUGUUCCCAGCUAAGCCAAAGAGCACAAAGAGGAAGACUGCCAUAGUGAAGAAGAACCUGAAUCCCCAAUAUAACACCACGUUUGUGUAUAAAGAGCUGAGUCUGGAGCAGCUGAGAGGGAUGUGCCUGGAGCUGACUGUGUGGGACAGAGAGGCCAUGCUGAGCAAUGAGUUCCUGGGAGGAGUCUGCCUCAGCUCAGGAAAAGGCACUGUAAAAAUAGGAAAAGAAGAAGUGGAACCAGAAUCUGUCGGAGAGGAGAUCAAUCUGUGGCAGAAGAUGAUGCAGUACCCCGACUCUUGGGCAGAGGGCACUCUUCCACUGCGUUCCACAAUGGGAAAGACCAAAGCUAAAUGAGAACAGAACUGAGAAGCUGAAAAUGAUCUGAGAAGCUCUGGCUUCAGAGACAAACAUGAGUCUAUGGAUUCACUGCUUAGCCCAAAUUUAUCUGAGCAGAAGCUCUUCUGCUGCUAUAUUCACAGUCUGCUCACACCUCCCUACCUGUACUGGAUUCAGUUCAACCUGCCGACUCCUGAUUGGUGUUACUUUUGAAAAUGUGCCAAAGCUUAACACUAAGUCACUUUUCAAACUGAGACCAUGUCUUAUUACAAUUUAAAAACAUGCACAGCACAGAUGUGUCUUAAUUUUUCACACUUGUCUUUAUAAUAGUUUACAGAAGAACACUAUGAAGGAAAACAAUUCAUUAUAAACUGGUAAUAUGGAGAAUUCUGGGUUUGGAUAAAACUGUUAUACUAAAUGUGCACAACUGUGCUUUAAUACACUUAUAUUUAUACAAAUUCAAUUAAAGGUCUUAUUGAAGAAAUUAAAUGACUGUUUUAAAUGUUUGUUAAACUUUUGUGUUGGAGCAUUAUCAGUCACAUUAAACUCAAGGUUGCCUUGAAUAAUCUGUUGAGCCAAUAAAAGUUAAACCCAUCAUG